GGUAUAAUAUCGUUCACAAUAUUCAUAAAUGCUGGCAAUAUUAUUGUGUGCAAUAUGAUAUAACACACCCCUACUUACUAAUGCUGUUUUUGCUGAAUACAAUUAACAAUCAAAUUCUUGCAGCAGUAGAAACAGUUACUCCAACAAAAUCAGUAAAAAAACUCUUUUUAAUGCUCUUGACUUUGGAAGAAACAAAGUCCUGUGUAGACUUCCUGUAUUCAUAUUCAGAAAGCUAUUUAUAUCACUGUAGACAUGUUUAUUAUUUUUAUUAUUUGUCCAGUAAAAAUGAACUGAAGUAGGAUGUUUUUAAUUUUAUUUGGCCGCUGCUUUUAAAUGAUUGAGGUUUAAAUUAUAAACAGUAAAAAGUAGAAAUAGCUACUGUAUUUGUGUUACCACUAAAGGGAGGGAUUAUAUGACUGUUUUUUGUUUAACCUCUUACCCACAUGCUUUAUUGGUAACUGUUUGAUUAAUCAUGUAUAUGGUAUAUAUGAGUCUCACAGGGUUCUAUUUUAAGGUCUAUGAAACUGAUUGUAAUCAUAACCAUAAUCUAGUUAUGAUAGUGAAGUGUUUCCUCAAAAACAGGGGAUAAGGGGGGAAUACAUUAUUAUUAGCAGCAACAUUAGUGUCUUUAACCCUUUAAGCUCUUUAAAAACCCUUUUUUGCAGUGAUUGCUGUACUAAUAGGUGUUGGCUGGUGCAUUUCAGUGGUAGCAUCUUUGUUUAAGUUCUUUGUGUGAGCUGUUUGUGCAGUGCAUGUUGAUUUUAAAGUUUGCAUGCUGUGUGUUUAGCUUAAGUGUUUCGCAGGUUUAACCACAGGCAGCCUGAGGUGAUGCAUGCAAAAUCUGUGUCUGCUGUGAAUGGAAACUUCUGGGCCCACUGAGGUGCAGAAACACGCCAGUUUAAACUGCCCUGUCCAGCAGAGCCAAAUCAGGGUUCAGCUGAUUUACUGCGUCUGUCCACCGUCCUCCCAAACCUGCAAAUCACGCUGAUUAACUCAGACUGUAGCAAGGAAGAGCUGUGUAAUCAAUCAAUAUAUCUCACUCUUCAUCUCUCUCUCUCUUUUACUCUCUUUUUCUUUCUCUUUCUCUCUCAACCCCCUCUUCCCCUGGCUCUUUGUGUCUGUUUAUAUAACUCUUAUCUAAGGGUGGGCAAUAUGGCUGUAAAAUAACAUCACAAUAUUUCAUAGUAUUUUCAUUACUGCAACAAAAAAAACUGAGAUAUUAAAAAUACAAGAAUUCUAUCAGAUUUGUAACAGAAGUCAAUGAUCCAGAAUGCCAUGAUACUAAUAAUAAUGCACUCAAAAUAUCUCCAUUUAUCCAGGAUUAAAAUAAAAUAAAUGAUACGGGACAGAUAUAAUCUGUCUCUAGUAGAUAUAGAAUGUGAAAUGAGAACAGUGUGAAUUUUUCUUUUGUUAAAAACAGAAAAAAAGGAGUGAGUUAUAUUCAAAAAAUGUUUGCGAUAUUAGUGAGUAUGAAACGAAAUGGCACACCCCUACUUUUAAAGCUCCACUAGGUAGGAUUGAGAUUUUGUGCUCAUGGGCUCCCCCUAUAGUUGUAGAGUGUAAUAAAUGUAUAUUUCAGGCGUUUUCUGGCUUUCACAGACAUAGUCGGUCUCUUUCCAGCUUCUGCCAGAGUGUCUGUAUGUUAGUUUGUAAAGAAUGAACCAGUAGUCCUUGUAGAACUGUUAGAACUAAAGGUCGGAAAGCAGGUUGCAGUUCUUGCGAGCGUUGGUCGCGGCCGCCUCGGAAAACUUACAGUGUCGCAGAGGAGCUCCGCCACAGACACGAGAGCACCGCUAUUCCUCCUAUUACACCUCAAUGCAGCGCUGCAGUUUCAAGCUGUAAUUUUACUUCUUUAAAAAGAUCAAAAAUCAAGGAAAUCUUACCUAGUGCUGCUUUAACUUAUUAUCAAACACAUUCAAAUAAUAUGAGAAACACAGCAAUAGUACCUUUAUACUUAGCAGCAAUAGUUACUACUGGAGUAUUAUAUGCAUUAUUAGUAAGAUACAACUAAAGGUGUCCAGUGUAUUCCCAUUCAUUACUCUAUAGGUAAAAGUAUAGAUACUAGGGUUUGAAAUACUUCUGUAGUAUACUACUUUUAUAUUUGUAGUAAGUAACUAAUGCUUAAGUACUUCAUCAUUAUUAGUAGAUAAAUUGCAAAUCAGCUACUUGCACAUGCUAAGGCUAAUUAGUAAUAAGUAAUGUACAGUCGUUAAAGUCAUUUAAGUACACUAUGUAAAUUGCAUGUGAUUUGGUACUUUCCACCGCUGCCCACUCAUUUGGAUUGUGGCCCAGUUUCUGCAAUCACAGCUUCUCUAGGAUCCGUUAUGUCUUUUUCUUUGUGUUUCUUUUUGUAUCUGUCUCAGUUUCUGUUCCUCUCUGGGAGUUUUCAGAUUGAAGAUUCGUGUGGAUAUUAAGGAGAAGAGUGAUUUUUGUCUUUGAGGACAGAUGUGGUUUGUUUUGCUUCCUGCUUUACAGAGUACUGGUUGCUAAUAUUAAUCAGAGGUUCUUCAGAGCUAAUACUGUACAGCGUGCAUUGAUUUCUAUUGGACGUUUUUCAAAUUUGUAUUUCUUUUUCCCCCAAUUUGGAAGGCUAAUUACCGUACUCACUCCUUGGUCCACUGAUUCCACUGAUCACUGGUUAGGCUUAGUGCUUGGAGGACAGUGCUACCUGUGCUGACCAACAUUACAUAAAUAGUGAAGUUGGAAUGCUCUCUCUGACUCCGGCUGCUGAUGCCAAGCAGCAUGAUCCAGGAUUUAAACCAGUGAUCUUCAGAUCGUAGUGGAAGUUCCUACUCAAGGUGGGAGAUACAGCGUGACCACACAUGGCCUGGACCACAUUUGUUGCCAUGGAAACCUCAUCAUGUCCCAGUCCGCCUCAUCCGAACGGAGACACGCUGCCCCUCAAACUGGCCUCCAGCGCCGCCCUGCAGGUUCACCUCUACCAUCGCAGCCAUGGGCAAGGCCAGAGCACCAGCGACUGCCCACCCCUCACUUACCCCCCGGGAGAUUACGUGGCGGAGGAGCUGUGCAUUAAAGCAGCCAGAGAGUGCGGUAUCAGUCCACUCUACAGCAGCCUGUUUGCCCUAAUGAGGGAGAGCAACCGCAUGUGGUACCCACCCAAUCACGUCUUCAAAGUAAAUGAAACCAGCAGUGAGAAGCUCCUGUUCAGAAUAAGGUUUUAUUUCCCCGGCUGGUAUGGUAGUGGAUCAAGUAACGCUCAUCGUUUUGGUGUGACUAAAAGCUCUGAAGCUCCUGUGCUGGAUGACAUCACCAUGGCUUACCUGUUCGCCCAGUGGAGGAGUGAUUUUGUGGAUGGCUCUGUCAGUGUUCCGGUCAGUCAUGAUGCUCAGGAGGAGUGCUUGGGGAUGGCCGUGUUGGACAUGAUGCGGAUCGCUAAAGAGAAGAGUCGCUCUCCAGUCGAAAUUUACAACAACAGCAGCUAUAAGAGUUUUCUCCCUAAAGGAAUGCGCGCUCACAUACAGGAUUAUCACUUUGUCACCCGGAAGCGGAUCCGUUACCGGUUCAGGAAGUUCAUUCAGCAGUUCAGUCACUGUAAGGUGGGUCUGAGGGACCUGAAGCUGAAGUAUUUGGCCAGUCUGGAGAAUCUGCAGCCGGCGUUUUACACCGAACACUUCCAUGUCUCUGAGCCGUCCAUCGGAAAGGUCACCAUCAUCGUCACCGGCAACCAGGGUAUCCAGUGGACCAAAGGGAAAGAAACAGACGGACAGGACCUGCAGGUAUACUGUGACUUCCCUGAUGUAAUUGACAUCAGCAUUAAGCAGGCCAGCCGGGACGGGUCCAUCGAGAGUCGCAUCGUUACCAUAAACAGACAAGACAGCCAGACACUGGAGUUGGAGUUUCAGUCUUUGGUGGAAGCCCUGUCCUUUGUAUCUUUGAUUGACGGCUAUUACAGAUUAACCGCAGAUGCACAUCAUUAUCUGUGUAAAGAGGUGGCGCCCCCUAGGCUACUGGAGGCCAUACAGAGCAGUUGCCACGGUCCUGUCUCGAUGGAGUUUGCCAUUAGCCGACUGCGACGCUGCGACAACGCUAAAGGAAUGUACAUCCUGCGCUCCAGCCCUAAAGACUACGACAAGUACUUCCUGUCUUUUGUGGUGGGGUAUGAUGGUGCGUUUGAGUAUAAGCACUGUCAGAUCGUUCGCACGGCGGCCGGUGAGUUUGUUCUGAGCGGGGCGAAGUGUGUGUUCGGCAGUCUGAGCGAGCUUCUGCACCGUUACCAGAAGGAGGCGCUGCGUUCAGAGGGACACGUCUUCCAGUUCACCAAGUGCUGCCCACCCAGGAGCAAAGAGAAGUCGAAUCUGCUGAUCUGCAGGAGCAAUCAGGGUUCAGAUAUGUCUCUUUCUCCCUCAGACUUCAAACACAACAUCAGUCAGAUGGUCUUCCACAAGAUCCGAAAGGAGGACCUGGAAACUAUGGAAAAUUUAGGCCAGGGCACGUUUACUCAGGUUUUCCGAGGUAUCAGGCGAGAGCUGGGGGAUUAUGGAGAGAUGCAUGAAAUGGAUGUGGUGCUGAAAGUUCUGGAUAAAAAUCACCGUAACUACACUGAGUCUUUUUUUGAAGCAGCCAGUAUGAUGAGCCAGUUGUCCCAUAAGCACUUGCUGUUGAACUACGGGAUCUGUGUGUGUUCUGAAGAGCACAUCAUGGUGCAGGAGUACGUGCGCUUUGGUUCGCUGGACACGUACCUGAAGAGAAACCGUUCCUGCAUCAACAUCACCUGGAAACUGGAGGUGGCCAAGCAGCUGGCCUGGGCCAUGCACUACCUGGAGGAUAAAAAUUUGAUCCAUGGAAACGUUUGUGCCAAAAACGUUCUGCUGACCAGAGAGGAGGACAGAAAGACUGGAACACCACCUUUUAUUAAACUCAGUGACCCUGGCAUCAGCAUCACUGUACAGCCCAGAGAGAUUCUGAUUGAGCACAUCCCCUGGGUUCCUCCGGAGUGUGUAGAAGACUGUAGAAAUCUGAGCCUGGACACAGAUAAGUGGGGUUUCGGCACCACGCUGUGGGAGAUUUACACCGGAGGAGAAAAACCUCUCAGCUCAUAUGACUCCUCAAAGAAACUGCUGUUUUAUGAAGACAGGCAUCAGCUGCCCGCUCCAAAAUGGACAGAACUGGCUAAUCUGAUAAACAGCUGCAUGGAUUAUGAGCCUUCGCAGCGACCCUCUUUUAGAGGCAUCAUCAGAGACUUAAACAGCCUCUUCACACCUGAUUAUGAGUUGCUGGUAGAGAAUGAUAUGGUUCCAGUGCGCAGUCGUGGGUUUGGUUUUGCUGGAGCGUUCGACAUUCAGGAACCAGUUCAGUUUGAAGCGAGGCACCUCAUCUUCCUCCAGCAGCUGGGGAAGGGUAACUUUGGCAGUGUGGAGAAAUGUCGUUAUGACCCUCUGCAGGAUAACACAGGUGAGGUCGUGGCAGUGAAGAAGCUUCAGCACAGCACGGCGGAUCACCUGCGCGACUUCGAGAGAGAAAUCGAGAUCCUGAAAUCACUGCAGCACGAAAACAUUGUUAAAUAUAAAGGAGUCUGUUAUACUGCAGGUCGUAAAAACCUGCGGUUGAUAAUGGAGUAUCUGCCGUUUGGAAGUUUGAGGGAAUACCUCUCUAAGAACAAGGAACGAUUCGAUCACAAGAAGCUUCUGCACUACGCCUCACAAAUCUGCAAAGGAAUGGACUAUCUGGGAUUUAAGCGCUAUGUACACAGAGAUUUAGCCACGCGGAACAUCCUGGUCGAGAGUGAGAACCGGGUUAAAAUCGGUGAUUUCGGAUUGACCAAGGUUCUGCCUCAGGAUAAGGAUUAUUACACGGUCAGAGAACCAGGAGAGAGCCCAAUAUUCUGGUACGCUCCUGAGUCUCUGACGGAGAGUAAGUUCUCGGUGGCGUCGGACGUGUGGAGUUUUGGAGUGGUUCUGUACGAGCUCUUCACCUACAGUGAUAAAAUCUGCAGUCCUCCUGCUGUGUUUAUGGAGAAGAUGGGUAUUGAUAAGCAGGGACAGAUGAUCGUUUAUCACCUGAUAGAUCUGCUCAAGCGUAACUACAGACUGCCUGCUCCUGAAGGAUGUCCUGAUGAGGUUCACUCCCUGAUGAAUGACUGCUGGGCAACGGACCCCAACCAGCGUCCGUCCUUCAAGUCUCUGGGCCGCUCUGUGGACACUAUCAGAGAGAGUAAAGAGGGCUGAAGGGGGAGUAGUUUCUGCACUGCCCACUGGAGGGCGCUACUACUGCAGCCACUGAGGCGCUCACAUGACUCUGGCAGAGUGAACUGGCACUGAGGGCACUGAGCGCUGUCGGUGAACACAGAGCAGCACAGAGGAGCGUGUGUUAGUUCUGCUUCUGCAGAGGAUCACGCUCACUGUGCUUUAAGGAUUUCUGUAUUACUGGAGAAAGGAAAGAGGCUUCCAGAAAAUCUACAGCUGAUUUAAUACUUUACUCAACAACAGGUUUCAUCAGGAAGAUCAACCUGACUUAAGGUCGACCUGACUUGAACCUUCACAUGUCCAUGUUUUAUAUCUUAUUUUUAUUUUAUUUUUUAUUUUUAAUUGUUUGCUUAAUUUUUUCUAAUCAUAUAAUCAUGUGAAACAAUUCAAGCACCCCUUGAUUUUUUUUCUAAGCAUUUGUAAACAUAUUUAAACAUACAGACAUAUUGAUCUUCAUGGGAACAGUAUGGAGUCCAUUUUUAUGGAGUGUUCUAAAAGUUGUAAAUGUUUAAAUGGUGGUGUGUGUAUUAUAGGGGAUAUAAUUGCAGCUGUAAUUUGCAAGACAUGUCUUUUGUUCUUGUUUGUUUGUGUGUAUGUUGGUGAUUUAAUGUGUAUAUAUUUGUACAGAUGAAUUUAAGUGGAGUAUGUGAGUAUGCAAGUGUGUGUGUGUAUAUUUGUUUGUGUGUGGGUGUUUUAAAAGGGGUGGUAUAUAAUUAACAAUCCUUAUUCAUCUUUUAUGCUGUGAAACAAAUAUUCCUAAUACUUUUUUUCAGCAGUUGUCAGUAGUUUAUUAGGGUUUCUGAGGUUUUCACUCAUAAUGAUCAUAACGAUGGAGUUGAUUAUUAUGUGCCCUAAGAAAAGACUGUCCAAUUAAUAAUGACCUUCUGGGUCAUUAUCAUAAUACUGUGCCUUUUGCGCCACAACAUUUUUUAGAAAACAUAUUGUGUUUUUUUUUUUUUUUUAAGUCUUUUGAAUACAACUUACACUAUAUAGCCAAAAUUAUUCACUCACCCAUCCAAAUAAUUGAAUUCAUGUGUUCUAAUCACUUCCAUGGCCACAGGUGUAUAAAACCAAACAGCUAGGCAUGCUGGGACUGCUUCUACAAACACUGUGAAGAAGAAUGGAUCAGUGAAUUCCAGCACUGUGGUGCCGUGAGAGGAUGCAGUAUUGUAAAGCACAUCGCUUCUGGACUCUAGAGCAGUGAAGAAGUGCUCUCUGAAGUGACUAAUCACACUUCUCUGUCUGUCUAUCCAGUGGAAAAGUCUGGGUUUGGCAGUUGCAGGAGAACCGCACUCGGAGUAUUUGUCUGAGUGCAUUUUGCCAAGUGUAAAGUUUGGUAGAGGGGGGAUCAUUAUGGUGUGGGGUUGUUUGUCAGGAGCUGGGCUCAGCCCUUAUUCUCCAGUGAAAUGAACUCUUAAUGCUUCAGCAGAACGAGAGAUUUUGGACAAUUUCUCGCUUCCAGUUUAAAGAUGUCCCCUACCAGUGCACAAGACCUGGAUGAGCGAAUCUGGUGUGGAAGAUCUUGUCUGGCCUAAACCUGAUAGAACACCUUUGGGAUGAAUAAGAGCAGAGAGACUAUGAGCCUGAACUGCUCCUUCAACAUCAGUGUCUGACUACACAAACAUAAACACACUUCUGGAAUAAUGGUCAAAAAUGCCUAUAAACACACUCCUAAACCUGGUGGAAAGCCUUUCGAGAGGAGUUAAAGCUGUUACAGCUGUAAAGGUUGGACUGACCUCAUAUUAAACCCUAUGGAUUAAGAAUGGGAAUUGACUUUGUCCGCUCUGUUAUGGCAAAAAAAAUGGACAAUUUUAAUGAUAAUAGUCAUUUAAUGAAAAUGUGGUUGAAAAUAUUCAGUUGCAAACAUUCUAAAUUGUUCACUAUGACUUUUGACUUUGUUCUGUUUCAGAUUUUAGUGCUUUAUUAAACGCAAGGCACCACAAUCAUAAUAAA